UCAGCUAUAACUUCUCUAUGACUUCCUGCUCUACAAUUUUAGGACUGGACGUUACCAACCAGGAAACCAAGGGUUGUGUACCUGCGGUUUAUCUUCUAGAUUGUUCGUCCUACCUCUCUAUGGCUCUGCACUGAGGUAUCGGGCUCAUUAUACUACUAUACUGGAACAUAUAGGAAGCAUUACUGCAAAGUGAAAGCAAAAGUAAAACAUCGGAGAAGCCCAUCCUGGGGACACCGGCCGCAAUGGAGAGAGUAGACAAAUGCUCCGUCCUGUUGUUAAGAAUAUCUGAGAAACUGAACAAUGAGGAACUAGAGGGCAUGAAGUUUCUUUGCCAGAAACAAAUAGUCAAAAAGAAAAUGGAGACGAUCACCAGCCCCAUACAUCUGUUCAGGCACCUGAAGGAGCUGACCGAGAUCUCGGAGGACGAUCUCGGUUUUUUGGUCGUGUUAUUGAACACCAUCAAUCGUCCGGAUCUCGCUCAAGAGGUAGAACGUUUCCACAGUCCACCAUCCAGGGUCGAGGCAGGAGAAAGAGAUCAUCUGGACCAGGCCUUUGACAUUAUAUGUGAUAAUGUUGGGAGAGACUGGAAGAAGCUGAUCCGGUCACUUGGUGUAUCAGAGUCAACUAUAGAACAAGUUGUUUAUGCGAACCCCAACAAUAUGCGGGAACAACUGCAACAAUGUCUGAACGAGUGGAAGAAGAAGAGGAAAGAUGGCGCCACUAUAUCGGUCCUGGUAAAAGCCUUAGAGAACUGCAGAAUGAGACUGGUGUCAGAGAGAAUAACAGAGGCCAUCAACCUCAGUCAUGGGGCAUCAUAGAAGAAGUGACCACCACCUCCAAAUCCUGAUGUUUGUUAUGUCAUUGUUCCCCAACCUGUGGCUCUCCCAGUGUUACAAAAACUACAAAGAUUGUAGAUUAUAAACUUAUGGCAAGCCAGCGGUUGUGGAACACUGGAGCGUGUAUUGUCAUAGAACAAGCUGCUGGACUAUUAAAGGAGUACUCCGAUAAAAAUGUACAUGUAUCCCCUAUCCUAAGGGUAGGGGAUGUGUCUGAUCAUGGGAGCGGGGCGGAUUUGGUCUGACCCCUGGGACCCCCCAGAAAUCUCCCGCACGGUGCCCCGGCUCUCCUUCUGAAUGACCAACAUGCCCCCUCCAUGUUUCUCUAUGGUAGAGCCCAAGCGCUGAAAUUUGGAAAUCUUGACCUCUCGCAUAGAGAUGAAUGGAGGGAGUGCCUUGGUCACUGCUUUGGGGGUGGUCGACUCGCCACAUUCAGAAUAUUGAGCCGGAGCACCGUGCGGGAGAUUCCUUAUCCCCUAUUCUUAGGACAGGAGAUACAUUGUUCUAUGCCGGAGUACCACUUUGAUUAUUUUUUCUGCCCUUUUUGCAGCUGCCAUUAGGAGGAGCUCACAGCAUAUACAGCUUUAUGGCGCUCCCAUUGAGGUCGAUAUUAUUUUAUACAACCAUUUGCAGUUAGCUCCUCCUAGUGGUGGCCAUGUGCAGCACAGAUUAUAUCAUUUAUCAUGUUAAAAAGAAGAAAAAAAAAUAUCAUCCAUAUACUGAUCUGUUAUGACAGGAACCUGCACAGAAUCAUGGAUCUAAAAAUGUAAUGGAGGACAUUAACCCUUAUGGCACCAUCCCCAGUUUUGGUUUGCACUUCUUAUCCCUGAUAUAUUAAAAAAAUUAAAAUAAAUACUUAAUGUAUAAUGUACCAAGAAAAAUUUGACAAAAUUUGUGGGCUAAAAAGGAAAAAUAAAAUGCAGUUCUGCUCUUAUCUCCAGUUUUUUUUUUUACGUUCCUAUCUCUGCCCUAAACUCCCUAGCCUGGGCCAAAGCACCUUUCUUUGCAUUCACUUGCAGGCAGUGGAAGAGAGAGGUGGUGUCUGGUAACUAUAAAAGAAAGUAUACUAAGCGAUUGUCUGAGCUAGUGAUUGUGAAGUAUACAAGUGAGUGUAAGUAUAAAAGUGAGAGUGACUUAAAAUUAAGAGAC